AUGGAGGCGUCUGACCCGACUCCUGGUCAGAAGAUAUUGGACAAGAUCGCUAACAAGGAAUCUGAUCUCGCUCAGAGAACCCGUCUGGUCGUGCGAAGCCUGCUACCACGUCUACCAUCACGAUUGUACAGAGAAAUGGCUCAACUCACGUGGACAUGGAGCCACGGUGCUGGUGCGGCGAGUUCCCUUACAACGGCGGCAAAUUUCCCACGAAUUCCUGUGAGACGAUCUGCCUCAAGGUCCAACAAUGCACCGUGCCCGGCUCGUUCUGCAACAAGCUGCCGUCGGAGGAAAGCCGUACUUGACGCCACGGUAAAGGAUGUACAGUCACGAGUUGCUACCAGAGUGCUGCGAACCCCAUCGGAGGUGCAUGUACCUCAAGUCGUUCACGUAUUCGACAUUGAGAGUAGAUUCGACAUUGAGAGUAGCCAAAGUCUCGAUCUGACGGGGACUCCACCAGCUCAACGAGCUCUUCCACCGGGCAUCAGGCCCGUCUGCAAGCCAUCAUUCGUGGCUCACCUCUUUAUCCAGGGCAUUCUCUUAGUGUGGGCUUUCGACCAUGUUCCCCGUGCAAUCAAACCAUUACAAUAUCCAGGCUAUACGGAGGGGCGCAGAAGAUCCGAAUUGGUGCUGGCCAUGGUGGGUGGGACACUAAUUAGUGGCGUCUCAGGCCUGCUCUUCGCCUUCAGAUUCCUCGCUCCUUUUUCUCAUAAUAUAUGCGAGCGUUUGAGGAUCUGGCGCCACACAACUGACCGGAACGUGGUCCGCCUGUUCCUUAUCUCCUUCGCAGCUUGCGCAGCCCUGGCUUUCCCUGUCCUAUUCUGCGCCCUUCCCUCGGCUGCAUUUAGCCAUCAGAUGGAACACAGCUGCCUUGGUUUCGACACUCAUGUCAACCUGGGCGACCUCGGACGGCCGCCGACGGAAUUUCGGCUCCCGGAUCCCACCGCGCGAAACAAAUCAGCAAGCCAUCCCCGGACCGCCCCCGACGAACUGUUCGAGAUCAAGCAAGCCUCCGAUUACGGCCUCGGUCCCCACGAGGGCUUCCGCAAGUUCGUCCGCAUCAAGGGGAAGCUCCACGGGACCGACAUGGCCAUCGAUUUUGAUCUCCGCGAGCAGCGCUGGCGGAUGCUCCGGGGCACCAAGAGGCUCCCGCCGGUCCGGAGCGGGAGCUGGUACGCUUCGGGAAACCACGUCACGCUGCCCGAGCUGCGACUGCAGGUGCCGAACCUCUUCUACUUCUCCCAGGCCUGCUACUACCAGCCCUUCAUGACCGUCUUCCGCACCGAUAACAUGACGGACGCCCAGGUGGAGGAGCAGAGCGGGAAGCGGUGGAGCGGGACCAGCGAGAAGAACGUGGUCAUGCGGACGAUGAAUUCAGGGACGCCGUGGUACCUCGAUGAUCUGGGGGUGUGCGCCCGGACCGCGGACUACGAUGUUGAUGUCGUUGUUGCUGGAGAUGGUGGAGAUGGUGGGAGUGUCGAGAGGAGGCCGGGUCUGGGAGAUGAUCUCAUCGUUCCGUUGGGCUUGAUGGCUGCGCUACGAUCUGACCAACCUUUCCACACGCUAGCUAUAAUUACUACUUACUAUCUUGCAGCUCCAGUAUCUUGGGAGUAG